AUGAAUCUUGUAGUCUUCCCUCAUAUAUUCCGACAGAGGGCGUCCCUGUCAGACAUCUCUCAUACAUUCCAACAGAGGGCGUCACAUUUAGACUUCUCUGAUACAUUCCAACAGAGGGCGUCCGAAUCAGACAUCUCUCUAACAUUCCAACAUAAGUCGUCCCUGUCAGACUUCUCUCACAUAGCGUCCCAGUCAUAUAUCUCUGAUACAUUCCAACAGAGGGCGUCCCAGUCAGAUAUCUCUGAUACAUUCCAACAGAGGGCGUCCCUGUCAGACAUCUCUCAUACAUUCCAACAGAGGGCGUCCGAAUCAGACAUCUCUCUCAUAUACCAACAGAGGGCGUCCCUGUCAGACUUCUCUCAUAAAUUAUCAUCCGACAGAGGGCGUCCCAGUCAGACAUCUCUAAUACAUUCUGACAAAGAGCGUCCCGUUUAUAUUUCUCUCACACUCCGACAGAGGGCGUCUUUGUCAGACUUCUCUCAUACAUUCCAAAGGAGAGUGUUCUUAGGGCGUCCCAGUCAGAUAUCUCCCAUACAUUCCAACAGAGAGCGACAGAGGGCGUCCCAUUCAGACAUCUCCCAUACAUUCCAACAGAGGGUGUCCCAGUCAGAUAUCUCUGAUACAUUCCAACAGAGGGCGUCCCAGUCAGAUAUCUCUGAUACAUUCCAACAGAGGGCGUCCCAGUCAGACAUCUCCCAUACAUUCCAACAGAGGGUGUCCCAGUCAGAUAUCUCUGAUACAUUCCAACAGAGGGCGUCCAAGUCAGAUAUCUCUGAUACAUUCCAACAGAGGGCGUCCAUGUCAGACAUCUCUCAUACAUUCCAACAGAGGGCGUCCGAAUCAGACAUCUCUCUCAUAUACCAACAGAGGGCUUCCCAGUCAGACUUCUCUCAUAUAUAG